AUGAAUAAACUUUCCACUACACUUAAAGGUUAUUAUAAACAUAAAUCAAAGAAAAGUUCAUCAAAUGGUGAAAAAUUUAUAAACAAAUUCAAGUCAGGAAUAUGCUCGGUAUGCGGCGAGAAAUUCACGGAAAAGAAUUGGUGUUUAGAGUGUCAAAGAAGCAAAUUUAAAAAGAACUUUGAUAAUUGGUCAAGCAAGAACCAACAUAUUGAUAAUUUUAUACAAUCCAGUCAAUUGAAUUGUAUCAAUUCGGCAAAUUAUUUGGUUUGGAUUCCAUUCGAUGAUUUUAUACAAACAAAGUAUUUGGCUAACGGUGGAUUUUCGGCUGUUUAUUAUGCUGUUUGGGAUGAUUAUGAAAAUGGUUGUGUCCGUGAUGUUGUAUUGAAACGUCCCCAUAACGAUCAAAUUUCUAAUCCUGAAUUUUUAAAAGAGCAGGUCUCUGUAUAUUUGUAUGCUUCAUCGAAAGGUAGUUCAAUAAUCAAAUGUCUGGGUUUUACUUUACAUCCAACAGAAGGCUAUAUGCUGGUGUUUGAGUAUGCAGAAGAAGGUGAUCUGAGAGGAUAUUUGAAUGCAAAUUAUUCCAAUUUGACGUGGAUUGACAAAAUCUCAAUCUUAAAAGAUGUAGCAAAAGCAAUGCUAUUGUUGCACAACAAAGAUUAUACACAUACACUACCGACCAAACCGUCUCCAUGUAAAAAGAAAUUGGUUGAAACAAGAGCCUUGGAUUACAUAGACCUGAUGAAAAAAUGUUGGGAGUUGGAACCAACUAAUAGACCAUCAUUCCAGGUGAUCGUUACUAAAAUAGGCGAAUGGAUGUCUUCUCCUUCUAAGCAUUUCUCCACAAAGAAAUCUAAAUCACUUGAAUCGACUGAUAAAGCUAUCAAAAGAGAAUCAAGAUCAAUCAUAAGACUUCCUUUUUCUCUUCUAUUCAAAGAUUUAAUAGUUUAUCAAGUAAAUCCUUAUCUAAAUACGUUCAACAAUUAG